GCCCGACAACGCUACCCAGACAGACACAGACCACACUUCACAUAUCGAGGGAAGAACCGCUUAUUUUCCCUAAUCGGCAACUCUUGCAACACAAGCACACCCUGUGACGUUGAGUGGGCAACCUUUCCGACAGCCACCGCAUCAGACUCGCGAUGGACCAAGACGAAAGGGAAAGCUACGAACUGCAGUCGCAGCAUCUCCGAGCCGAGCUCAAGAUAUGGGAGAAUAAAUUCGCCCAAACGAGCAACGGCAAGAAGCCGUCACGGGAUGACAUCAAGCAGAACCCAGAUAUCGCCCAGAAGUACAAGGACUACCAUAAGAUACGCGACAUACUCUCGGGCAAAGUCGCCGCCCCGCGGUCGCAAGCUGCCAAGAAGAGCCAGCAACCAACACCUCGAAAACGCAAGUCGCCCCUCGACCGUCACGAUGACUACCCGGCUUCGACCACGCCGUCCAAGCGCUCUAGGGCCGAGGCAACGCCGUCUAAAGGACUCCGCGCGACUGGAGCAGCGCCCUCCUUCAUUACGCCGUCACAUCCUCGCUUUUCCUCUGGUCCGAUGAGCGCCACCCCGUCCACGGCCAGGAAACUAUUCGGCACGCCCGCCGUCCCCACAUCCAUCGGCCCCACGCCGCAGCGCGACGGCCGCGUCCUCGGCUUAUUCGAUCUCAUGGCUCCGUCCCCUGAGGCCUGCCGUGUUGUAACGCCAUCCAAAAGCACCGGCAACCGUGGCAUCGUGGGCCGUGGCAGCGCCACUACGACGCCAAAACGGCGCACGAAUACGGCUUUGAUAGCCGCGAAUGAUGAUGGAGAUGAUGACGACGGCCGCGCCGGCAACAAGCUAGGCCGCACACCAGUGUCGUCCGCCAAGCGUCACAUGCUUGACAGCUUCAUGACCACCCCGUUGGGCAACAGGCGCGACGCUAACGCCGCGCCUCGUGGCGACGUCAACAAGACGCCCAAGGCGUCGGCCUCGCAGGAUAAUCUUGAGUUUGCAACACCACAGUUUCUCCGCCGAUUGCCUCCCAAGUCCGCAACAACCAGAUCGCCCACACGUAUGGAUGAGAACGGGGUCCCUGUAACCGACGACGGCGCCGCCGCCGACGACCUCCUGACCAUGUCCAGCAGCCGCUCGUUCGCCAGCCGCCUGCCGCGCAAGCCCAUGAUUCGCGGGCUCAGCAGCGUCGUGGCUAGCCUGCGAAAAAUGGAGGAGGAGCAGCUCGACGACGACCUCGAGGCGCUGCGCGAGAUGGAGGCCGACAUGAUGGGUGGUGGGCCGCCGCCGCCACCUAAGCCGUUGGUGGCGCAGCAGCCGCCGCUCGACAGCGCGGCUGCCGCAAACCCCGCCCCACAGGAGCCGCAGGAGGUGGUCGAGGACAGCCAGCUCGGCGGCGGCGGCAGCAGCGGCAAAGAAGGCCCGCCUCCCACGGGCCUCCUCGGCGGGUUUGACGAUGAGGGCCUGUACGACAGCCCAGACGAAGACAAGGGCGCGGGCCUCGACCGCAACGGGAACCCGCUGCGCGUCUUCAAGAAAAAGGGUCAGAAGCGCACGACGCGCCGCGUCAACAUGCGGCCCGUCUUCACCAGGAGGCCCGCGGCCGCUCCGGCGGAGGCGGCAGGCGACGAGGAGGACAGCGGCGACGACGUCGUCCCGGAGACGCAGCUCGCCGCCUCGGCACCCGGCGACGUUCCUCCCGACGACGACAACGACGACGGCCUGUCCGGGGGGUCCGAUUUCGAAUUCGACGGAGAGGACGAGGACUUUGAGGACGCCGACGGUCGCGGCAAGAGCAAGAGCAAGGCCCGGACGGCCAAGAAGGCCAAGGCGGCCGCUGCGUCCAAGACGAAGAAGGGCAGGAAGGACGAGGCGGAUAAGGAGGCCAAGAAGGAGGCAAAGGCCCCCAGAAAGGUCAGCGCGACGGCGCACCAGAACUUCAAGAGGCUGAAGCUGCGCAACAACGGCUCAAAGGGCGGGCCGGGCUUCAACAGCAAGUUCAGGCGGCGGCGCUGAAAGGGGGGCAGCAGAGCUUCCUUUCUCGGGCUAUAAUAGAUACAUAUUUAUAUACAAUCACGGGGCCAACGACGAUAACGAAUCGAAUCCGCAUCUUGCUU